AUGGGGAUUGAUCUCAACACCGUGGAGGAGGACGAGCCGGCGGGCGGCGCGGUGUGCGCGGAGCUGUGGCACGCGUGCGCGGGGGCUGGGGUGGCGCUGCCGCGGCGGGGCAGCGCCGUGGUGUACCUGCCUCAGGCGCACCUCGAGGCCGGCGGGGUCGACUGCGACGGUGGGGAGCUGCCGGCCCUUGCGGCGGCGGCGCGCGUGCCGCCGCACGUGGUGUGCCGCGUCGUCGACGUCGAGCUACGCGCGGAUGCGGCGACGGACGAGGUGUACGCGCGGCUUGCGCUGGUGGCGGAGGAUAAGAUGUUUUGCCGAAACAUCCAUGAUGGUGAAACUGAAGAGAAGAAUGGUGAGCAAGAGGAUGGUGAUGGAGAAAAGAAGCUCACAUCGCACAUGUUCUGCAAGACACUCACAGCUUCUGAUACAAGCACACAUGGGGGAUUCUCUGUUCCUCGGCGGGCUGCAGAGGACUGCUUUCCACCAUUGGACUAUGAGCAGCUUAGGCCUUCCCAAGAGCUUGUUGCCAAGGAUUUGCAUGGCUUGAAAUGGAGGUUCCGUCAUAUCUAUAGAGGUCAACCUCGUAGGCAUCUUCUGACAACUGGAUGGAGUUCAUUUAUCAAUAAGAAGAAACUAGUCUCAGGGGACGCAGUCUUGUUUCUUAGAGGUAAUGAUGGUGAGCUAAGAUUGGGUGUGAGGAGAGCAGUACAACUGAAAAAUGAAGCUCUACUUGAAGCUGUCAACUGUACUGAUUCGAAGCUACUUAUGCUGUCUGCUGUGGCCAGUUCUUUGGACAACAGAAGUGUAUUUCACGUCUGUUUCAACCCAAGGGUUAGUGCAUCAGAAUUUAUUGUGCCGUAUUGCAAGUUCUUGAAAGGCUUGAACUAUCCUUUUUCAAUUGGAACCAGGUUUAAAGUUGGUUGCGAGAAUGAAGAUGCUAACGAGAGGUCCUUUGGAUUGAUCUCAGGUAUUAGUGAAGUUGAUCCCAUACGCUGGCCUGGAUCAAAAUGGAAAUCUCUCCUGGUAAAGUGGGAUGGUGAUACUAAGUACAGCCACCAGAAUAGAGUAUCUCCAUGGGACAUCGAGAGAGUUGGCAGCUCAGUUUCAGUUAAUCACUGUCUUUCAUCUUCUGUUUCGAAGCGAACAAAGUUGUGCUUCCCCCAAGGUGAUUUGGACGCACCAAUUCUGGAUGGAAAUGGUCGUCCAGACUCUGUGGAAGCUGAACGUUUCCACUGGGUCUUGCAAGGUCAAGAAUUGGUGCACUCUAGGAUUCAUGGUGUUGCAUGCUCUCAUUCAUCAGAUACCCCCAGAUGUCAAGGCUCUUAUGGAAGGAGAUUCUCUGCCGAUGUGUGGAACUGCAAGAUGAAUGAUGCAAUGAGUGGCCAUCAACACCUAAAUGCCACUGGGUUUGCUUACCAUCCCCUAGGCUUCAUUGAAUCUUUCAAAUUCUCAGAGGUCUUGCAAGGUCAAGAAAUGUCUCAGGUGGUUCCUUCUUUCAUGAGAGCUGCUUUCAAUGCUGGCAAACAGAAUGGCAGGCUUCGAUCAUUUGAUUAUGUGCAGAGAUCAGCUGCAAGUCGAGGAUAUGGUCUCCAGCAGUUUAAUCUGCCAGCCGCAGAAGUGCAUUCGCCCUCUUCUGUUCUUAUGUUUAACCAAACCAUGGUACCACAUGCUGAGCUAGAUGGUGUGACCAACCGUGAAGAAGCAUAUGGCAGCGGGUACUCAUCCAUUGCAUUAGAGAGAGAAGCUGAACCAUGGCCAUCCAUGCAGCAGCAAAGAGUGAGCGAAAAUGGAAGCGAGCCUCUCGACAUAACUGAAGCCUCAGCUCCUGCAAGUAUUGCUAACUCUGGAUUGGUCAACAAUGGCAUCGGGCGAAGCAGCUGUAAACUUUUUGGUUUCUCCUUGACUGAGAAGAUCCUUGGAACAGAGGGAGGUGGUGUGAAAGAAGGGAACUACGAAUCGGGCCAGCAAACUCCCCGGGUGCUAGACUUGUUUGGGCACGGCCAUUCUACGCCCGGUGCUCUGCAUGCUCUCAGCGCUGCUCCCUUGGGAAUAUGA